ACUCGCUCAACGUCACACAAACGAAAAAAGAAAAAGAAAAAGGGUAAGGUGUUCCGCUUCGAGACGUUAUCGGAUUCCAAAUCCCGAUUUCGCCGGACUUUUGGGGCUCCGUUCACGUCCGCACUAGGGUUACUGUUAUUAGAGCCUGCGCACACGAGGAAAAUUCCUCAAUCCCCCUCCCCAACACACAGACAGACUGAGACUGACAUAGAGAUAGUCAGUCACGGCCAGCGAGCGAACGACUUCAUUUCCGAAAAGACGUCGUAUUCACUACUUCAAGAAAUAAUUCCGAUCGUGCCCAAGUUACGGGGAAUUUUCAAAGAAGUUAGAUAAAUUUUAAGUGUUGGUUUCCGAAGACGUUUAGGGUUCUGUCUGAUUCGGUGAGGGCUCGGUGUGCUUAUGAAGUUGAACAAUUCACGAUCUGCGAUUCCGUUCUUUACUGAGGCCCAGUUUUCUAGAGUUUCAUCAUGUUUACCACCCCGCAAAAGUUGUGGCCCGGCUGGUCUCUUACGCCCGGAACCGCUGGCCAUAAGACUGCUACUGGCUCCACGCUGAAUCAGGAUUCCGGAGAAGCCACCGCUGGAAAGGGAAAGAACGCAGCUGCUCUUGUCGAAGUCUCUGCCGCGCUAAUUCGUGCUUGGUAGGAGAAAAUGGUGGCUUCUUCGAGGCGUCCGGGGACCCGAAUUCGCUGGUGGAGAAGGUUUCGAAGCUUGAAAACGAGCUUUUUGACUACCAAUACAAUAUGGGGCUUCUCUUGAUUGAGAAAAAGGAGUGGACUUCUAAGUAUGAAGAACUCAGGCAAGCAUUAGCAGAAGCAAAGCAUGCCCUCAAACAAGAACAAGCGGUCCAUUUAACUGCAAUAUCUGAAGUUGAGAAGCGGGAGGAGAAUUUGAGAAAAGCCUUGGGUGUUGAGAAGGAGUGUGUGCUUGAUCUUGAGAAGGCUUUGCGUGAAAUGCGCUCGGAAAAUGCAGCAAUCAAGUUUACUGCUGAUUCUAAGUUGGCUGAGGCAACUGCUUUAGUCACUAGCAUUGAGGAGAAAUCUUUGGAGGUAGAGGUGAAAUUGCGUGCUGGUGAUGCCAAGCUUGCUGAGGUGAGCAGAAAAAGUGCAGAAAUUGAGAGAAAAUCACAGGACUUGGAGGCUCAAGAAGCUGCACUUCAAAGGGACCGCUUAUCCUUCAUUUCUGAGCGAGAGUCCUAUGAUUCUACUUUGUCCAAGCAAAGAGAGGACAUGCGAGAAUGGGAAAGAAAAUUGCAGGAGGGAGAAGAGAGGCUGGCCAAGGGUCAAAGAAUUAUUAACCAAAGAGAGGAGAGGGCAAAUGAGAAUGAUAGGAUUUUCAAGCAGCAAGAAAAGGACCUUGAAGAGGAACAGAAGAGGAUUGAUGCAACCAACAUUAGCUUGAAAAGGAAAGAAGAUGACAUAAACAGCAGGCUUUCACAUUUAACAUUGAGAGAGCAGGAAUUUGAUGCCAUGAGGACAAACUUGGAGAUGAAAGAGAAAGAGCUACUUGCAUUAGAAGAAAAGCUCGAUGCUAGAGAAAGAACUGAGAUUCAGAAGCUUCUUGAUGACCACAAUGCUACUCUGGAUGCAAAGAAGCUUGAUUUCGAGUUGGAAAUUGAUCGAAAGAGGAAAUCACUGGAUGAUGAGUUAAAUAACAAGGUGGUUGAAGUGGAGAAGAGGGAAGCUGAAGUUAAUCACAUGGAGCAGAAAGUUGCGAAAAGAGAGCAGGCAUUGGAAAAGAGAUGGGAGAAGCUUAGGGAGAAAGAGAAGGACCAUGAGUCCAAGCUGAAAGAUCUGAAGGGAAGGGAGAAGUCCAUCAGAUCUGAGGAGAAGAGUUUGGAGAAUGAGAAGAAGCAAGUGCUUGCUGAUAAAGAGGUUGUGCUUAGUCUCAAGGCUGAAGUUGAGAAGACUAGGGCUGAUAAUGAUGUAGAGCUAUUGAAGAUACGUGAAGAGCAGCAUCGGCUUCAAGUGAGUGAAGAAGAGAGAUCAGAAUAUGUUCGCUUGCAAUCUGAACUAAAACAGGAGAUAGAUGAUUACAGGCUUCAGAAAAAACUGCUUCUGAAGGAUGCUGAAGAUUUAAAGUUGCAAAAGGAGACAUUUGAGAGAGAAUGGGAUGAGCUGGAUGUGAAACGAGCUGAGAUUGAGAAAGAGAUGAGAAAAGUGACUGAACAGAGGGAAGAAGUAGAAAAACUGAAACACUCUGAAGAAGAAUGGUUAAAAAAUGAGAAGUUGGCAACACAGGAGUACGUACAAAGGGAACUGGAAGAUCUUAAAGUGGCCAAAGAGUCUUUUGCUGCUCAAAUGGAGCAUGAGAAGUUAGCAAUUGCUGAAAGAGCUGAAAGUGAUAGAAGCCAAAUGCUUCAUGAUCUUGAGCUACGGAAGAGAGAACUUGAGACUGAUAUGCAGAAUCAGCUAGAGGACAAAGAGAAAGAACUGCGGGAGAGGGAGAAGCUAUUUCAAGAAGAAAAAGAGAGACAAUUAGACAAUGUUAAUUACUUGAGAGAAGUAGCUAGGAGAGAAAUGGAAGGAAUUACACUUGAGAGAGUUAAAAUAGAUAAAGAGAGACAAGAAGCUGAUGAAAACAGAAAGCAUCUUGAAAGGCACCAAGUGGAAAUGCGAAAGGACAUUGAUGAGCUUGCUGAUCUUAGCAGGAAGUUGAAAGAUCAGCGUGAACAAUUUGUUAAGGAGAGACAACGCUUCAUUUCAUUUAUUGAAAAACUCAAGAGUUGUCAGAGCUGUGGUCAAAUCAUCUCCGAGUUUGAGCUGUCUGACUUACAAUUUUUAGAGGAAACUGAGAAUGCAGAGGUUUUUUCUCUGCCAAGACUGGCUAAUAUUCAUGUGAAGGAAGGUGGCCGUGGAAAUGCGGCUGCUUCUGAGAUGCAAAACAAUGAGUUAUCUCCAGUUGCAGGUGUCUCAAGAUCUCCAGUUUCUGGUGGAACUGUAUCUUGGCUACGCAAAUGCACCUCCAAGAUUUUUAAUUUUUCCCCAAGCAAAAAGAUUGAGCCUGCUGCUGUUCAGAGUUUGAUAGAGGCAGCGCCUUUGUCUUACCAGCAUGUAGAUAUGGAAGAACCAUCCAAGAGAGUAUCUAACCCUGCAGAUGAUGCAGAGCUAUCUCUUGGUGUUGCGACUGAUUCUCUUGACAUUCAGAGGAUCCAAUCUGACAACAGCAUAAGAGAGGUAGAAGCUGGCCAAGAUUUAUCAGCUGAUGAUCAAAGCAACAUCAAUAAUAAGGCACCAGAAGCUACGGAAGAUUCCCAGCCGUCUGACUUGAAUGGAGGUCAGCGCAAACUUCGCAAAAGAGGGAGGCCUAGAGUUUAUAGGACACGUUCUGUGAAGGCCGUUGUCAGUGAUGCUAAGGCUAUACUUGGAGAAGCUUUAGAACCAAAUGAGAGUGACUAUCCAAAUGGGAAUACGGAGGAUUCUGGCUAUGAUAAUGCUGAAAGUCAUGGUGAUUCUGCUCUUGCAAGUAACAGACUACCAGGAAAUGCCAGGAAGCGGAAUCGUGCUCAAACAUCUCAAAUCAUGGGGGAUGAGCAUGAUGGUGAAGAUAGUGGAGGACAUUCUGGUAGCAUUGUGGCAGGCCAGCACAGGAAAAGGAGACAGAAAAUUCCUCCACCUGUGCAAGCUCCAGGUGAAAAACGAUACAAUCUCCGGAGACCCAAAACUGGAGUUACUGUCGCCUCUACCAGAGGCAGGCCUGACCUUAGCGAAGAAAACAAGGUAGAAGAUACUGAUGGUGUUAGAGUGAUGGGGGAGGAAAUUCUUCUCUCUAAUGCUGCUCCUGCACAUUCAGUUGGAGCUGCUAGUGAGAAUGGCGGAAGCACCCACUUUGUUCAGUCUGGGAGAAAUGCAGACUCUCAGGUUGACAAAGCUGAUACAACAAAAAACUUGGCUGAGAACGCAGCUGUAAGUGAAGAGGUGAAUGAGACACUGGAAGGGGUAGGGGAGUACUGUGAUGGAGAUGAGUACAGGAGUGAAUCCCAUGGUGAAGAUGCUGCCGGUGUUGAUAGUGUUGAUGGGGGCGAUGACUAUGAGGAAGAGCCUGAACAUCCUGGUGAAGUGUCAAUGGGAAAGAAGCUCUGGACUUUCUUUACAACAUAAUGAUGCCGGAUCCUGUUUGCCAUAUUGGUGGGCUUUGAAUGGAUCUGGACCUCGCUUAGAUUGCUGUUAGGAGUUUCCUGACGUGUAGUAAUGUGUAUUAACAAUUUAAAUGUAGCUAGUAGAUCGCAAGUAUUCAGGUUGGGGAUUGAGUUUUGCUCUGCCCUCUCUAUUUCUCUUUUUAGGAUUUAGAAAAUAGGGGGCAUUCUAUUUUUUAAUGACAAUCCUAGAUAUUUUGAUGUAGUAGUAACCCAGUGCAUAUUUAACGCUGGACACUCGGCUUCCACCCUUCCAAUUGUUUGUAUCAAAUGUUUGUAUCCCUACUGGAAUGAUUGUUUGAACCC